AAAAUUUAUUUCCCCCAAUGACCCGACCACUCCCCUUGCUCCUCCUGUUCCUCUCCACGACUCCAUGUUUGGCUAUCGACUGCGAUUCUGACCUUGGGAAGCACUGCUUCAACUUUUUUCAGAUAGCAUGCCAUUACUACAUAACUAAUACUAGUCCCACGGAUGACAUGUGCUCAUCAGUUGAGCUCUGUAAACCCUACAAUAUUGAUUGUCCAUUUGCGAUCCCACCAAUAACGUUUAAUGCAGUCUGCGAUCCUAGCAAACCUAAACCUUCAACAACAACCACUACAACCACCACCCCUACAACUACCACCACCACUCCUACAACAACCACUACCACCCCAACAACCACCACGACCACCCCUACAACCACGACCACCACCCCUACAACUACGACCACCACCCCUACAACUACCACCACCACUCGCUCAACCCCCCUUACGGAAGUUUUUCGAACAUCCACCACUACAGAAGCUCCUUUUUUCACCACCACUACCAUUGUAACCACUCCUACUACUACAGAAUAUGAUGGACCUAUUUAAAUCGAUUGCUGACUUUUAAUGAAUAUAUUCGUUAA